AGAAAACGGCGAUGGCAACGCUCGUGCGGAAGAAGAAGGCGAAGCGGGCAGAGCCGGCGCAGCCGCUGGUCGCGCUCGGCGCACCGCAUCGCGGCAACGGCGCGUCGACGUCCGAGGACGUCCAGGUGAAGCCCAUCAAGAUCCACCUCUCGACCGAAGAGCUGCUGCUCCUGGACAACUUUAACGACGGCUCGAGCCCGAGCGCUCCGGACUUUGAAGACGACCCGCAACUCGACAACUGGGAAGCGAUCAUGCUCGGAAGCCCAAUGCUACCCGUGAUGGGCAUGCCGCCGAUGCCGACGAUGACCGCACUCGACCUCAACCCGUCGGCGCCGCAGGUCGCCAACAACGGCGAGAGCCCGCCCAUGAAUGGCCUCGCGUACCUGGCACCCUCUGCGCCCACGGACGAAGAAGAUGCAAAGACGACUGCGCCGCCGCUGGAGCUCGCCCCAACGACGGCAGCGCCAGUCGAUGUCACCACCAAAUAUGCACCUCUUGCCGCCAACGCAUCGAUCGCGACCGUCCACGACCUGCUCGUCACGCCCGCAGCCAAGAUCUCGGCGCCAAUCUACCCCGCGCUAAGCAUGCUCAAGCCCAUCACGUUCACGCCCCGCGUCGCCAAGGUCCGGGAGUUGCCAGCACCGCCCAUGGUGCCGCUUCGCGAGGUUCCUCGUGUGCCACUGCGCCGCAUCGACAACUACGAAGCAAACCUGCGGCUCCGAGACGAACACGUGCAAGCGUACGACGAACGACUCCAAGUGCUCGAGAAAGCACCGACGCCGUUCUACCGGCUCGUCGAGGCCUAUCUCUACUGCGAGUACGCGCUGCGGGUCGCGUCGUCCACGGUGGCGGCGAUCGAAGCCGAGAUUGCCGAGAAGACGCACACUGUGUGGACGACCGGGUUUGACUCGGUGUCGGCGUCGGCGCUCUGUGGCGACCUGCAGACGCUCACCGAGACGAUCGAAUUUCCCACUGCGAGUCUCGACCUGGACAUGCGCGACGCCCUUCUGAAGCAGUGGCAGGCGCUCCGGCAGCUGCGGUCGGCAGAAGCUGCCGUCUACACGUACGAUCGCGCGCUCGCCUUUCUGCGCGUCGAACAGUAUCUGGACGGUCUUCUCCUCGACGCCGACGCCGUUGACGCCAUUACGGACGCUAUGGACGUGCUCUGGUUUCUGGAGAAGGAGGUGACGCGGGCGCAGUCGCCGCUGCUGGGCGUUGUGCCAUCUGCGCUCCGACGCGGCCAGCCAAUCGUCGAAGACGACGAUACGAAGCAGCUGCAGUGCCCCGCGUGCGGCUGCCUCUGCACUUUCGCCACGGGCCCGUGCGCUCGUUGCGAAGCUCUGCUCGUGUUACCCCGGUCGACUGUCGCGCUCUCGUCGCCCGAGUGGAAGAUCGCGGUGGCUCAAGUUCGGGUUUCGCUCCAGCACUGGCUCGGGCGGUGUGCGACGACGCUCCUCGCGACAGACCCCGCGCCGGUGCUGCCGUACCUCCUCACACAUUUGCUGCAUUUGCCGCUGCUGGCGUCCGACCGGCGCUGGGCGCUGGCUUUUCUGCAGCUGCCGCCGCUUCCGUGGUCGCGCGAGAUUCUCGACCUGUUCUUGUCGUUGUGGCAUCUGCUGUUUCACCCGACGCAGCUGCCGCCGCAAGUCGUGACCGCCCACGAUGAGACGGAGAUGUCGCCUCGAAAGCAACGCCGGUCGUCGAGUGUCGACGAGUGGUUGCUGCUUGAACCCGAAAUCGCAGACGAUCGCCCGCAGCUCCUCGGGGACGCCGACUACACGGCGCUUUGCAGUCAACUGCCGCUCGGGCGCGCGGUGACUCAUAUUUUGACGUCGGACGACCUCGCGCAGUGCUUUGCGCAUCUCUUGUAUCUCGUCCACGAGUGCACGAGCGUCUUUGAGCGCUUUGCCGACUACGAUUUGCUCGUUGCGCACGUCGCGGACGGUCUUGGCGUCAUCCUCGCGGCCGCUGGUGCUCACCCGGGCUCGCUCUUUGACCAGCUUUUCCAGAUUGCGCUCUUUGGCGUCGUCCAGUCGCGCAACGUGGCCGUCUACCGCAGCCUCCCGAGCUGGCACUACGCCGCACUUUCUCCGGCAGCGUCGUGGGACGUUCUCGGCGGCCUCUUUGGCCAGGCGUCCGUCGGCGCCACCUCGUACGUGGCCUUUCAGUGCUGGCUCGCCGACGUUCCGAGUCUUCGCGCUCGCUUGCACAAGCACGUGCUUAGAGGUCCUGGCAAGUACCUUCUCGGGGCCAUGGCGUCGCUCGCGGCCGUGGCGCCAUGGAGCGAGCUCGUUCAGACGAUCGUCCACGAGCUCUUUCUGUCGUUUGAGGUGACGCGUGUCUUGGACGUGCACGUCGACGCGCUUCGGGUCGUCUGCGUCGCGCACCCGGUGGCGCACUCGCAGCUGCUGGCGCUUUUGCCACAGUACGAGUGCGGUCUCGCGCUCUUCCCCAAGCUGCCGCUGCGACUGUGGCAGCCGACGCUGUCGGACUUGCACAUUUUGCAAGCGUGGCUGCUCCAAGAGAACGUCAUGGACGCCCGCAGCGUCGUCGCCCGGUCGAUUCUCGAGAGCCUCAACUGGGGCGACGCGCCCAACACGGUCCAUAUACUCUUCUUGGACCCGUUCGUGCACCGCUUUGUGAGUUUGCUCUUGGCCGAAGCCACGGUGCAGCUCUACGCGUCGGCGCGCCAAUGGCCGUGGUCGAUGGACUUUCGGGCGUGGGCGUGGCAGUUGAUGCAGCAGCUGCGCUUCUACUCGACGGCCGACUACCUUCCGCUGCUGCCGCUGAUGGAGCUCGACACGGAUCUGUCGAAAGAAGCGCUUUUGCUGCGACGACUCACGCACGGCCUGCCACGCAGCCACCUCGUGCUCGGCCAAACCGAGGCUGCGUCGGUCGCUGCCGCCAUGUGCAUCACGUAUGUCGAUGGAGCGACUGUGCCGGAAGCGCCGUUGCGCGACGCCGAUGACAGCACGAGCGUCGACGCGGAUGCCGUCCCGAUCGCGCACAUGGAGCCCAUCGUGCUCUACGCCUUGUGCCAGCUGACGACGUACCUGUACAGCUCGGCGGUCGACAAGUACGCGCCGCUGCUGUCGCUGCUCGUUGACCACGGCGAGCGCAGUGCGGUCUUGGCGAUCGUCGAGUGCGUUUUGCCGCACCUGCCGCGGCUCUCGCCGAGCGACGUGCAGUCGUUUUUGAAAAACUACGUGGCGUUCAACAAGGACCUCCGCAGCAUCGUGGCCAUGCUGCACACCAACUUGUACUUUGCGCUAGACCCGCGCCUGCCGCUCGUGGUGCAGUACCUUGCCGACACGGGCAGCGUCGACCGCGACGAGAUCAUUGCCAUCGUGCAGACGGCGCUCGAACAGAGCUGCUGUGUGCACCCGAUGCUUCUGCCAUCGCUCUGCGACCAAGUACCAGCGUCGUACGCCGCAACGGCCAAGCACUACGCUGUAGCGACGCUUCAGACGCUCAAGAAGACGUUGUUGUGGCAGCCAAAACCGGUCGCUGAGCCGUCGACGACGACGCCCGACGUUGACGGCGUCUGCGCGGUCAUCCGUCGCCACUACCAUGUGCUCCAGUCGCCAACGAUUUUGCAGUACUGGCUCGUCUUGGUGCUCACGAUUCCCGAGUGGUACACGCGCCCAGCGUACCGAACGGUCGUCGACGCGAUCGUGGCGCUGGCGAUGGCGUCGCCAACGAUGCUGUCGGCGCUCGAGGCGCCCUUCUCGCUCUACUACGACGCCCUCUGCAUGCUACCGGGCGCCCGAAGCUUUGUACCACCGCCAACUGCCUCUGUUUGGUCGGUCUUCUCCGGAGCGACGGCCACAGACCUCCAUUUCUCAUACCUCGCCCUCCUCCUCGAAGUCCGGAGAGAAAAGGAGCUCUACAAGGCGCUCGGGCACGUCAUUUUGAAGGAGCCAGGCAAGCAAAAGGCCAAGGCGAUCGAAAGCCUCCGAGCCAAAGGCCGGCUGGCCACAGAGCUGUACGUCUACGGCGUCGAGACGGCGCACCCCGGCGCCUACGGCCAGCGAGACCUCGAGUUUGCCUCGUUUUCGACGCUGCGGCUCUUCCGCGUCGCGCAGAUUGUGCUCGCGUGUCCCAACACGACGCCGAUGCUCGUGCUGUGGUGGCAGCUCUGGUUUGCCUUGUACUUUGCCUCGAUCGGGUCGACGUUCUUUGGACAUCACGUGUGGGAUCUCGAGGCCAAGCAGCUGCCCCGGCGGUCGCUCCAAGCCAAGCUGCGCCAGCUCUCGGCGCACUUUUCAGCGCAGGUCGUGAGUCAUCCGUCGCCGUACGCCAGCGAGCUCGCACGCCUCUACUCGGCCAUGGACGCGUGGCUCGAAAACACGGACGUCGGUCUUUGGAUGGGGCACAAGGAGAGCUUGCCGCCGCACUACUGCAUUGGCCACGCGACGCAGCUGCUCCAACUCAGCCACGUGCUGCUGCACACGUCCGACACGAUCGAAACGCGGUCCGAGGCGCUCUGCGACCGCGUGGCGCCGCUGCUGUGGGUGCAUCUCUGCCUCCCAACCGUGACCGUAACGUCGUCUCCGUCGUCGAAUACGUCGUCGGCCGUUGCGUCCCCGGUGUCGCUGCCGCCGUCGCUCAAGCCCGUGGUCUGGCCCGAGCCAAUGCCGAUGAAGCGGUUCAAAUACCUUCGGUUCUCGCCGUGUCUCCCGACGACGCCCGGACCGCUCCCGCUGGAACUUGCUUCAGGUCCGUUUGUCGACCGGGCGAUGCAGUAUACGGACGUGCUUUCGCAGCUGACGGCGCUCGAGACGGACUUUGUCGAGAAGCUCGCCAAGCUCUACGUUCCCAAGCUCGUGGUCGUGACCAAGUCGGUGCCGUGCGCCGGUCGAAAGGGCAAGGACCCCGCGCCGUGCAAGCGGCCGAGCGCGCUCCGACUCGAGUACACUGAGUGGCACCUCGACGACGCCUCGGCUGACGUUUUGGCCACGUGCCAGCUGCAGGCGACGCGGCUCAACGUUGCGUCGCUGCGCCUGCUCUUGGCACCGAUUGCUGUUGUCGGCGACCGCGGCAACUACCUGCAGCUCGGCGCGCUCGACGUUCAGAUCUGUUUUCAGAUCCUUUUGAUCGACUCGGUCGUGGCGCUUUUGACGUCGGACCCGGCGGCGUGGCAGGCGCAGGGUGUCGCUUGGUUCCACGCCCUCCUGCAUCUCGACUCGAAGGUCGUGCGCCGGUGCCCGCCAUUCCAAGAGGUGCUCUGGCGGUCUAUUCAGGCGCUCGGCGUCGCGUUCAUUGGCGUUGACCAGGAAGAGACGAGUGGCCUCUUGCGCUUCAUGCUGCAGGACCCGGCGCGCGUCGUCCUGCUCAGCGACUGCUUCUUCCCCAACAACACGCCGACGCGCUUCGUCGAGUACUUUGCGACCGUCAUGUACCACACGCCCGACUUGUCGACCGACGACCGGCUCCAGCUGCUCCGGCGCUUUGACAUUGCCAAGUGGCUGCAGGCGUCGCCGUCGGUCUUUGACCGAGACACGCUCCUCUCGAUCGUGCUUGCGGAGCUCGUGCUCGGACAGCCGAGCGCCGAGGUCCACCGCAUGCACGCCAAGACGCUCCACACGCUCUGCAGCUUGUUCCUCGAAGAUCACGUGGACAAGGUGCUCUGCGCUCUCCUCGGCGUCUACGACCAGUACUACGCGCCGGACCUGCAGGCCAUGCGCACGUAUUUUGAGAGCUCGUUGUCCAUGUCGAUCAGCAAACCGCUGGAUGUUGGCCUCUGGCAGGCCGUCGCGCACGUGCCAAACGAGCUCUGGGCCGACUUGCCCCUCGAGACGCUGCAGCUGCUCGUCGAGCGCGUCACGUCCCAUGUGCUGGCGCGUCGCAGUGCCGGUCACGACCGCUUGCUCGCGCAGCAGGACUGGAAAAAGCACGGCGACGACAACCUCAGUGCGAGCGCAGAUGUAUACGAGCUCGCGCAGUGGCAAGCUGCGCAUGUGCUCAAGCCGUGUCUGGACCUUGUCGUUGUCUGGGUGCGCGCCCAAGCGACGGCCGAGAUGAUGUGGUCGAUUACGUCCAAGGUCUUUGAAGCCAUGCUGCAGGUGCUGUACAUGCCGUCGGCGCCGGAACCCGUUCGGGCGCUGGCACCGUGGCCGUCAAAUGACGAUGCAACGCCAGCGACGGUUGCGUCCGCGCUCUGGUCGUGUCUCCAGUCUUUUCUUGAGCGUGAUACGAUGGCGAUGCAGAUCAAACUCGACUGCAUCUGGUCGCUCAUGUGCAACGUGCUCUGGCCGCACGCGCCCGACAGCCUCAUCAAGGCGUACGUUCCUCUUCUCGGCCGCGUGCCGUGGGACCAGUGGGCGCUGCACGAAGAGACACUCAACACGAUGAAGGACUGCUUGACUGUCUCGACGGCCAGCAUGGCGACGGCGUACGCGAUCAAGUUUCAGUCGCCGCUGCGACUACACGUGCUCCUCGUACUACGCGACAUGCUGAGCCGGUCGCCGUGGCCGUCCACGUACCUCGACGCGCAGCCAGGGCACGUUCAAUCGUCGUUUUUUGUCAAGUACCACCUGCUGCUCAUGCACGUGGCCGUCCACCACCGUGACCACACGCUCCCGCGGUCAUUUGCGUCGUUUUUGAGUCACCCGCGGCGGCUCGGGCGGCCCAUCAAGAGCGCCGAAGUCGACGCCGUCGCCAACGGCUGUCGGGCGCUGCUGCUGCACCCAACGCUGCUGUGUGGGCCCGUGGACGCGGUUGCGGAUGCUCAUGCUCGGUACGUUGCAGCACUGCGCUUGCUCCUGAGUCUCUGCGGCCUCGACCUUGCCGAGCGCCAAGGCGACGAGCUCAAGAAGGCGUCGACACUCCUCCACUUGCUAACGCUGCUACUGCACCCGACGGGGCCCGACUGGAAGCUGGCGCGGGACGCUGUCGGCCACCACAACGUGUACGCUGCCGUUGUUGCGUCGUUGGCCAGCGCCGCUGCCGUCGUCGUCUACGACGUGCUCUCGCUUCUGCACGUCCACCGCUCCGACUUUGAAGCUAUCUUCAAGCCCGAGCACCUCCAGAGUUUGUACGCCGACGUCUUUCGCAUCGCCAACGUCCCGGUCGUCGACGGUGCGCUCCAGCAACGACUCGCUGUCGCCCACACGUGGAUGGCGCUCGGCGACGCGCUGCAUACGGUCUGCGACGAGCUGCGACCAAGCGAAGCCAGCGCCGUGCCGCUUCUGGAAGGGCAUGUCGAGGUCUUGGCGCCUAUGGCGUCGGUCGGUGCUAUCGUGGCGUCAAUGCUGCUGUCACUGGCAACCCUCCACGAGCUCGAGAGCGUCAAGGCGGCGUGCGCGGCCGUUGCGUCAGUGCAUGUGAUGGCGUCGCUCUGCGAACGCAGCUUGGCGUCAUACGUGACCAAGGGCCUCUCGUGGCAGCCCAUCGUCGUCGACGGCGUCAAAGUCCCCGAGCUCAGCGCCGUCGAGUUUGUCGCGUCGUGCUUGGAGCGCUACACGUUUCUGCCGCUUGUCGCCUACUGCUUGCAACAGGACGCCGCGGUCGCCAAGGCGCCGUGGCAGGAGAAGCCGCCGCUCGAACUGCAGCUCUGUGCGCGCUUGGUCGAGUACGUCGAGCGCGCUUGCAGCGUUGACGACCUCAUGCCGAGAGAGGCGGAGCCAGCGCUGCUCUUUCUGUGCACGACGCUGUUUUGCCUUGUCCUGCGGCUCGAGUCGGUGGCAAUGGCUUUUAAGCAAGACAUGCUCUCCCGGGUGAGCCAGAGCCUCUGGAGCCUGGGCGAAGCGAGACACGCGGGCAACGGCCUUGACACGCUCCAGCGCGCGAUCGGCUUUUCGUUUCUGCACGCCUUUGCCAAACCCAAGUUUUCGACGGCAUUGCACACGUCGGCGCUGGCGCUGAGUCUCUUUGUGCGCGUGCACAGCCGCAAGGCGCUGCGCCUCGACAGCAACGGGCCGCUGGAGAUCUCCAAGUCGACGCGCCAGCUCCAAAAGGUGCUCGAGAGCGUCGGCAGCGAGAAGAAGGAGCUCGUGGCGCUUCUCAUUUCGUUUAGCACCGACCCGCGGCACAGUUUAGCCGACCACAAACCGUUCUGCACACUGCUCUUUGGCGAGCUGUACCCGGCCGCGCCGUGGCUUCUCAAGUCCCCACUCGAGCGCUAAGUCUAUAUAAUAUCGUUUUGCA